GGGUAGUCCAGUUUCGUAAUAACAGUAACUGUGUACAGUUCAAAACAUAAAAUGGGGAAUGUGAAGUAUUUUAUGUUUCUAAUUUAUUUUUUACAUUGCACAGUGAAUAUACACGGUAUGAUUAAUAGUGUUUAUUUAUUAUUAUUUUUGGUGCAUUGUUCGAUGUGUUUAUAAUGUGAAUAUUGAAUAGGUUACAGAGUUUUUGAUAGAGAUGGUGUGGUCACAAUAUUGGCUUUUGAUAAUGAAAAAGUUAAUAUACAGUGUCAAACGGAUAUGCCAAUGACAUAUUGUGGAUUUAUUCAUCCCAGUGGAAAGAGAUAUUCGUUUUCAGGUCAGGGUCUGAAUAAUGGACAUUGUGCAGUAACUAUAACAGCGACCAAAAAAGACAGUGGACAAUGGAGCUGUCAUAUAGGAAAAGCGUCCGUGGGUGUGGAAAUCAUGCAAACUAUACAUCUUCGAGUGGUGAACCAAGUAGCCGCGAUCCAGCCCAAUGUGACAGCAGUUCACGGGAAGUCUGUGACCUUGGAAUGUGCCACAGCCAAGGGGCUGGUCCCUUUGAGAUACUGCCGCUUCGAACCCCCAAGCGACAGUCCAUUUAGUCUGAGUGAAACAGUGACAGCGAAAAAUCCGAUCGCUGGAAAGUACUACUUUCCGCAGAACAAGAGUAUCGACCGCGGCGACUGCGCUGUCACCAUCCGCAAGGUUAAAUACGAAGACGUGGGCCUGUGGACUUGCGGCGCUGGUCUCGACGACGGAAAGGAACACAUAGACAAGAUCAUGCUCGAAGUUGAUGGUCUAUAUACAAUGUCUACAGCGUCUGUAACGGGGAUUACAUUUGGUGUUAUCGGUGCUGCCGCAAUUCUCAGUGUACUAGGUAUCGUCGUAUGGAAGAAGCGUAGCUUAUUAGGGACGGGCCAACAAGAAGAACAAGACGUUGUUGAAAUACAGGAACUAGCGCCUAGACAAAGUGUUUCCACACAAAGGAUUUCUGAACAAAGGACUUCCCCGCAGCCUUCGCGUCAUAUUCCACUUGUCACCGUGCAAUCUCCUUCGGAUACGAGUGCUAUUUCAGAAGCAAUAUAAGUUCUGGGGUGCAACUGCCACUCUAGGCAUAGGAUACGACAUCGUAGCGAAUAUUAUGACGAUAUUUCGUUUCAUUUUACUAUUUUGACGAUCUAUUAUGACUAACCGACUGACUGUUCAUUUUUCAUCAUUCGUUUUACGUUUUAAAGUAGUAUUAAAGUACAUGUCAAAGAAGUAAAAUGAGACGAAGUAGCGCUAUAACAUCUAUAAAAUGUCGUAUCCCAUGACUAGAGUUAAAGCUAAAAUUAGGCGGGCGCUGAAUUAGGGAAGUUCUUAAAUCCAGAUUUUUUAUAUUUUGCUAAUUCCCAUUAAUAAUUGGCAACGAUAAAAAGGAGAUCGCUUUUGUUAAUAUUUACUUAUAGAAAAAAAUUCAGUUAAUUUUUAAAUAAUAAAUAAUGAAACUAACAAUUUUGUUAUGUUUUAAAAGCUUUUAUUAAUUUAUCUUUGAAUGUAUGA